AAAGCCAGAUCUUAUUUUUUACAGUGCAUGUGUUUUAAAUAAACAUUUUUUUAAACAGUUUUAUCCACUAAAAUAAGAGUUUGGACAGCUAAAAUCUUUAUUAAUAGAAAGAUAACGUAUUUAUUUGAAAAAAAAAACUAAAUAAAUUUAAUAUAUUUUAAAUAUCUCUUGAUUUUUCCUUUUUACUAAUUGUAUUUAAGAUUUUCCCCUGACAUAUUAAAUUAGGUGUACACAUUUGAACAGUAAUCUUGAGUUAUUUGUUAGAGUAGUCCAGUUUUGGCUUACUGAAUAAUCUAAUGUAAACGCACACGUAGAGAAUAUCAUUAUAUAGGCUAUGACAUUAUACAAACACAAUAACCUGAAAUACAGAAAAAAAGAACAUCACAUGUCCUUGACCCAUAUUAAUCACAAUCCUCAACUGUCAGACAUCAUGCAUUAUCGCUUUGUAGACAGAGCCUGGAGCAUUCCAAGUGUUCUCAACAGCAGACUUCUGCAUCACCCAACUUUAUGCUGAACAAACAAUAGUCAAUGAAAGAGGGAGGAACCAUUGCCGCUCCAGGUGUCGCACCAAACACACGGGCCACUUCGCUGUCCAUCCGUCUCGAUCUGGAUCAACGUCGUGUCGUGUCAUCACAUUGUUUCCUCGAACUGCAAAACCUACACGAUCCGAUCGCUUUGAUUUGCGAUUUCAACGCCGAAGUCGUCCGGAAACUGCGGAUGCCACUCAGUUUGCCAUCAUCUCGGAGUGUCACCUUGCGUUUGUGCCGUUGCCCCACAACUUCAUUACGUCAUUUUUAUGGACCGAGGUGACCAGAAUGAAGCAAACCCUCAGCUGGUAAGAUGAUUCAUUGGAGAAAAAGCUCCAGACAUAUUCCAGACAAAACCAACACUGUCAACACAGAAUUUCCAACAAUGACACGUUUGACAAAGAGAACUUUUACUCAGACCGAAUGACUACAGGCGAGACAGACUUAAUAGAAUCUAAUAAAUUGGACAACAGAUAGCAGCUCAGUGGAAAUUUCAAGCCUUGAAAUGGAGGUGGAAAGGCCAGAAGUCUCAGAACAAGAGCCCUUCUCCAAGGGUGGCCAUGACAACCCUGAUGUCAAGAAGAGCCGGGGACACACUUGUGAACUCUGUGGAAGAAGUUUUCCUUUCCUCAGCUCAUUGUCCCAGCACAUGAGAAAGCACACCGGGGAGAAACCCUACAAAUGUCCUCAUUGUGAGCACCGCUCAGCCCAAAAGGGCAGCUUAAAGGCCCACAUACGCAGCCACAAACUGGAUGGUCUUAGCCAGAGUGGCGGGGGCGAGGAGGAAGAUAUGGACGAGGAAGGGGAAAAGGAAGGAGGGGUGCCAGAAGAUCAAGGUAGUUGCUCUAGUCCAACUGAGAGUACCUCGGCUUGCAACAAGGUUGUGAGUGGUGAGGAUGCAACCAAAAUGAGGAAGAAAAGUGGAAAGAAGGAAAGAAUCCCUGGUGAGAGUGGUAAACAGUCAGUGCAGUGUUCUUUGUGCAGGAAAAGAUUGUCCGGUCAGGCAGAGCUUGAAAAGCAUAUGCAGGAGCUUCACAAGGUCUUGCGAUGUGAACUGUGCCCUUAUGAGACCCAGCAGGAGGACCAACUGCAGGCUCACGUUGAGAAGGAUCAUCCAAGUGAUGAGGAAUCUAUCACCAAAGAAGUGUCUACCAGCGAAGAAACUGAUGGUAUACUUGGUAAAGGCGAGUUCCCAUGUGAGCAAUGUGACCAGGUUUUCACCCAAGCCUGGUGUCUAAAAACUCACAUGAAGAAACAUCAGAACAGUAUGGAUCAUGGGUGCCGGAUCUGUGGACGUCGUUUUCGUGAGCCCUGGUUCCUACGUAGUCACAUGAAGACCCACAACACCAAGGUAAAACCAAGGAGUAACUCUUACCUUCCGGCCACUGUCAACGAGGUGGCGCAGGACGAGUCCAACUUGGUGAAUGAAGUGUGUCUGUAUGAACUCUGUGCCAAGUGUGGUAACUUCUUCCAUGACCGCAAAAGCUUGCAAUUGCAUGAGCAGGUUCACAAAAAUAUUGAGCAGCCUCUUAAAAACAAAAACUGCAAUGAAAACAACUUUCCAUCUGUCACCAAGACAAGCUUCCUGCAAUGCCUAAACUUGAAACCUGCAGGAAAUAUUGAGAACCCUAGUGAGGGAACCAUAGGGAAAAGAAUCCCAGAGCUUGAUCCUGUAAGCAGCUACCAAGCUUGGCAACUGGCAACAAGAGGCAAAUUGGUGGAGGUAACAGAGAGAAGCCAGGGCUGGGAAGAAAGGUUAGCUGAUGCGGAUGUAGCAUACGACAGGGAAAAAGGCGAGUAUGUCUUACUCAGACAGGACAAGCGGAAGAAAUCACUUGAUUCCACUGUGAGUAUCCCAACCAAGAAACGGAGAGGGGCUGUUACCCAAGGCUGCACUCCAGAUCAGCACAGCAAUGGAGAAAAGAACAGCCAUGUUUCAACAGGUGAGCGAAGCCCUGAAAAUCUGAGUGACUCUGAGUAUCGCCCUACUUCUCGCCCUAGCCGUAAAAAUUCCCAGAAAACUUCAGAGUGCUUGGAGUGUGGAAAGGGCUUCCGCACACAGCAACAGAUGGUGAUCCACAUGCUCAUCAGACAUGGUGGCUUGGGUGAAACCAUUGGUGGAAAUGGACUGUUCCGCAAAACAACGUCUAGCCCAUCUAAAACAGGGGAAUCUGCAGGACACUUCAGGGAUCAAAGACGGGCUGGGUUCUUGGGGGACACAGAUAAAAAGCCAUACACCUGUGAGCACUGUGACUUUUGCACCUCGGAGCCCUCAGCCAUCGCUGCCCAUAUCCAAACGCAUCAAUCGGCGGUCAGGGACUGGGGCCAGAGGAGUGAUGCCUUAACCAGCUCACUCAGCCAAAGCCAAACUCACCAAACCAAUCACACAGGCUUCCCAAGGCUGAGAAAUGCUCUUCUCCAACAGCCCUACUGGCCCUACACCACCUCAACUCACCUGGAGAGGGCAGCACUGAGUGACGCCGCUUUAAAGACAGAGGAAGAAAAGAGCAAGGGUUUGGAGGAAAGCAGCUCCACAGAUAAAGCGGAGUCUAAUCUGCUUAAUCUCUCAGUGGACGUGGAUAACAAAAAAGAAGUUUCGUCCAUUCUUUUGAACAAUUUGGUUAGACACCAGUGCCCUUAUUGCUCCUAUGCAACACACUACCCAGAAGUUCUCUGGAUCCACCAACGAAUCGCACACAAAAUUGACAGCACUACGUUGGUGCCGAAGUGGGCCCCAAAAAAUGGCCUUAAGGGGCCCAAAACGCUUCUUGAUUUCAAGAGACGCACCGGGCCACCUCCAUUUCUGGAGGGUAAGGACUGCCCGUCUCUGCCUCAGAUGAGAAGUUACAGAACCAGUCCACCUGAUUGCAGCCCUGGAGGGACGAAGAAAUCAAAACCUCUGACAAGUACUGUAGAGUCCAGCUCUUCGCAAAACAAGAGCUGGCACACAGCCACAGCGCCAGGGGCAUCAUCGCACUCGUCCAAACACAAAACCAGCAAGUCCAGGACAGAUGAGUUGGCAGGCAGUAAACACAAAACAGACAUCCAUCAAAACAACUCCUCACGGCCCAUGGCAAGUCCACAGAAGACUGGAAACCCAAAGACAGGUAGCCGAGUGGUGGAGAGUAGUUUGCUACCUCAAGAGGGACUUCAUUUUAUGCUCUCUAGCAAACACAACCUCUCGGAUCAGAGGAGCUCCAAAGCUCACGCUCCUCAGACCCCCAGUAAGUCUGAUUCUCAAGCUCAGGAUACACCGUCUGUGGCUGGGUACGACCCCUGGAACAGACUGGGCCUGAGUGGCCCGUCACCUCACUCUCAGUCCAAGAGACAGUCAACAGCCGAUGGUGCAGAAGGUGUGACGGACAUCCUGAGUUUUUUAAAGAACUGUAACCCUCACGAUCUUGCUGCCCUCUACCACCACUGGGGCUACAGUAGUGCCAUGACAGAGCAAGCAGGGUUGGCGAGGUCAGGGUCUCAGCAGGGGGAGUACGUGUGUCCGGUGUGCAGGAAGAGCUUCAACCAACCCAGCCAUUACCGCACACACAUGAGAUCACACACAGGUGAGCGACCUUUCCAGUGCCGAUACUGUCCUUACAGCGCCUCGCAGAAAGGUAACCUGAAGACUCAUGUUCAGACCGUGCACCGUCUAGCCUUCGACAACGCGCAGUACCCGGACAGGAGACUCCGCCAAGUCCCUACCAAUGAACCCAUGGACCCCCCUGGAUCCCUUCAAGCACCUCCUCAUGACCAGCUCGAAUAAAGUCUAUAAGAUGUCCAUCAAAAACUGUUGGAUGCAACUUUUAAGAAAGAUGUUGUGUAAUGUGCGGCAUUGGAUUUUUUUGUGUUUUUAGUUUAGCUCGACUUUCCCUAUUUCCUUUUUAUUACCACCUGACACAAAGCUCUAGAUUCAAACGAAACCAUGCAGAAAAGGCCAACGACAGGUUUGUGGCACGUUUACACCUCCUUUAUCCAGAACUUCUGAAACACUUGAGGGCUAAAGCCUCCUCAACAUGAGGUCAGAGCUGAUGGAGAAUGACAGUCAAACCCAAGGACUUCAGCUGAUCCCCUAAACUUGAAAUGCUGCCUCCGAGUUCCCCGAAAUGACUAGUUGUUAAUCAAAAUAGCCUUAGUAUGCAGUGAGUGUAGUUCAUGCGUGCGUGUGCGAUUGUGAUUUCCACAUUCUACUUCUCAGGACUUGAGUUAGACCUAAUUCCAAAGCCUGCAUUCAUUCACACCAGUGCAUAACUGCACGGAAAGGACAAAUGCAGUAAAAUUCAGUACUUGGAUUUGAGUUCUACUGAUUGUAGGCCUAUAUAUAUAUACAUAUAUAGAUGAGUGUGUUUUGUCUCUGGUUGGACAAACACUUGGCACUGUCAUCAAAAUAUGUCCUAAACACUUCUGUGUUCUGUUAUACCUAGGAUUUAAAGUAUUUGUGUAAGCGCAGCUGUAAUGUUACAUGGGUGUCAUAUUCAUAAGCAAUUUCUCUAAAGAGUUUCGAGCUUAAGGACACAUGCCAUAUUUUGCUUUAGUGUCAUCUGAUUGUUCCAACAAAGUCAGGAAUAUUAUUUGUGUCUGCGCUUAUUUUAUUUUUUAGACGUAGCCUACACAAGUGUUUCUCUUUUUUGUUUUUCCAUCAGAUGUUUGCCUCAGUGGAUUCUGAAUAAUUGUAUCUCAAACAAGAAAGACUGAUAAUUCAAUGGCACAUCAGGUUUAAAGCCAUGUUAAAAUGCUCAAGUUUUUGAAGAAGGAUCUAUUUUAAUCUUAACAUGCAGAGUUGCAAUGUUGUAUAAUCGUUUAAAUUAUUGCAUCAUAGAGAAACUAGUACAUAGUACAGCACUAGAUUUUGGGAUUUAGUGUGUUUUAUAAUAUUACUUAAUAAAGCUUUAGAAUGCCAUAUUUUUAGAGGUAAAAAGCCUAAAAGCAAAGAAAUUCCGGGCCAUAUAUUUCUAUGGGUGUUGUAUAUGGUAAUUAGUUAUUAACGGAUAUAGUUCAGCACAUCUGUGAAUGGCUAAUUACAUUCAAAUAUGUACAACAGUUAUGAACAACAACGACAAAAUCUAUCUAGAGUUUUAUUGUUGCCUAAAUCCUUGUGUUGGAAACUAAACCAAGAAAUCUGAUCCUACAUAUAUUUUUGUUUGUUUUAGAAGAACCUCCAAUGUGAAUUUGUGUUGAUGCUGAGCAGUCAAACAGAAACAUGUUGCAGGUUCUAGCAGUGGCCCAAGAACUGAGUUAUAGUGAACACGGUUCCAUCACCACUGCCUUUGAGCACUUAAAUCUUGGUUGCUCUAUUGGGUCUCCAUGUUCCUGCAGUUAAUGUCUUGAAAGUUGCAUUAGGUGAAAUGCGACUGAUUAAUUGUAAUUUACUAACUAACAGUAAAUCAUUGAUUUUUUUUUUCUUUUAAUUGGUAUUAGUACACAAGAAACAUGAAUAGCUUUUCCUGUUAGCUUUUAUUAAAUUAAAACCCCUGAGUACUAGAGCAGAAGACCUAAGAAAACCGAAUAGCAUGUUAUGAAUUAAUUUGCAAUUGGAUUGUUUUUUUUCUUUAUGUAACACUAUUAAUUUUGUGGUUUGAAUAGAAGUAGUAGUUGAAUGUAUGGAAUGUAUUUUGUGUGGUUUAAAAACUUUCUUUUCUUCCCUCCACAUAUAUUUUGUUCAAUUAAGUACAAAAAAAAGUCAGCUGUCAUCCUCGGAUCAUUUCCAUCUCAUACAUUGUCCAUUGUUAAGGUUUUGAACUGCUUAAAUUAAACUUUACUCUUUACUUGGA